AUACCUCCAUGACGAAGCUUUAUACCUGAUAAUCUGUGAUUGUUUCUCCGAAAGAAAAAAACCUUGAAAUCAUUUUCCUUCAAUUUCCUGAUUUUUUUUUUAAAUUCCUCUAGUUUUAUAGUAGGAUAUUGGAAGAUGAAGGGCAUAUUGGUACUUUUUACCAUUUUUGAGCAUGCUUUAUUGUCUAAUGCUGCUGGCCAUGAAGCCUGGAACUAUACAGACCAAGGAGCAUGGAGUUCGAUGACGGGGUCACAAUGCAGUGGUACCAGUCAAUCACCCAUCAAUUUCCCUCCAAUGGUAGAAAUGGUUUACAGCGAAAACCUGAAACCAUUUUCGCUCACCGGUUAUGAUCAAUUAGUAACAAGUCCUACGAUUGAAAAUAAUGGACACAGUGUCACCGUAAAGUUUACAAACGAGGCCCACGUUUCCGGAGGCGAUUUAGGAAGCAAAUUUAAAGCGGCCCAGUUCCAUUUCCACUGGGGGAAUGACAAUAACCGGGGUUCAGAACACACCUACAAUGGAAAGACUUACCCAGCUGAACUCCAUGUUGUCCAUUACAAUACAAAGUAUGCAGACAUCAACGAAGCUGUAAGCAAGCCUGACGGACUGGCGGUGUUAGGAUUUUUCAUAGAGGUUGGUCCAAUUCACAACUGCAACUUUGGACCUGUUAUAGACACAUUGAAAAACAUUCCAGACAAAGGUAAUAGUACAUCGUUGACUCCCUUCAAGCUCCGUCACAUACUUCCUAUGCAGCUAAGAGACUACUACAGGUACAUGGGGAGUCUGACCACGCCCCCCUGUUCUGAGACGGUCAAAUGGACAGUCUUCAGGGAUAGACUUUACAUGUCCGAAGAACAAUUACAAGAAUUUCGCAAGAUCUACUUCGACUCGUCAAAGACCAAAUUAAUGGUGGACAAUUGGAGGCCACCCCAGCCUCGCAAUGGAAGAAAAGUUUACAUCAGCUUCGACGUUAAAGCGAAUUCCUCACCAGUUCAUCUGUUUAAUUUUAUCUUGGCCAUAGUUAUAUUCUGUGUUCAGUUACUAUGCGUGUAAACACAGUUUGUAAUGUCAAAAUUCUACAGCAAUAAAACAGUGUAUUAAGUAUUUCCGCAUUGUAUUAAGUAUUUCCGCAUUGAAACUUUUUUUCUGUUUUCGUGUAAAGAUCGUCACAUACUCUGUGUUUCAUACAGUUAAAUACGGAUUUUAUCAAUAAUACAUGUGCGAUAGUCAGAAGUUGUCAUAUGUUUUACAUCUCUGUAUAAAUGUUAAGGAUUUGUGUAUUUCAUGUGUAUAUUAGAAAUACUACUGUAGGUAGGAACUAGGAGAAUUUGUAUAAUUUCAAGAUAUUCUACUGUAAAUAUGUACGUCAUGUAUAUGUAUACAUUGUAUUGCAAUAAUUGUAAAUAAUUGAAAUAUCCAUUGUAUUUUAAUGUAAAGAAAUUUAAUAAAACAUAUAACGAAUAAUAAA